AUGGAUGGGCCGAUCAUUGCCACCGCGCCGAAUAGUGAUCACUUUCAUGCUCAUCCUGAACCUCUAAGUUCCCAUGAUCCUCAGAAUCUGCCUGUAUCGCGUCGUUCCCUUUCGGCCCAACAAGAAGCCAGAGAUGAGCAGCAAAUGAAGCCAGAUAAACGAUUGUCGCGGGAUGAAAGUCCACGUGGUACAACGCCCGCAGAGUCAAGAGUCGAGGGACAAAAUCUGAACGUAUAUGGCGAUGCUGGAAGAAAAAUCAGUGACGAUAAAGAUUUUGGACACGUUUGGGCGCAUAACUCUGCUAAUGCCCAUAGUAUGUUGGCCGACUCUGGAGACAUCUCGAAUAGUACACUCCCAAACGGCUUUAUCGACAAAGUUUCUGGUUCCUCAAAUGAGAACCCUGAACAGUGGGAUAUAGUUCCAAAUGUUGAGGAUACACAUGAAAACGAUUCAGAGUCUAGACGAGACACAGUACUCCAAUUGUCUGGAGAGCCGCCACACGAUCUUACGUCGUCCCUCGAGCCCCAACUUGUUCACCUCGUUGAUUCGAACAUUCGAGAACGCAUCCCCAAUGAUGAUCCCGGUCCUCACGCCGUCGUGUCUAAUCCCGCAAAAGACGUUGAAUCUCCUGGCGAAGAUGUUUUCAUCUCCACACCACCGACAAGUGCCCCUGUGCUGGGGCCUCUGCAAGACGUCGAUAGCAAACGACCGCAUAACCUCUCAAUAGAGACGAACAAUCGGCAAAUUCAGUCUUCGACAAGCCCUGGUCUAAGACCAUUACUUCGGCGAGAUCUCUCAGCUCCAGCCUCUGCUCAGAAUACUCGGUCCCCACCAAAACCUGAUAAGGUGCGACCAAUCUUAAAGGUCCCGGAUGCUUCAUCGCGCGCUGAAGGCACAGACGGCAGAAGAUAUUCCUUUUCGGGUCAUCCGCUUCCGUCCCCGAUGCCAUCAUCUAUUCCACUACCGCCACUGUCUAUUCCAACCUACUUGCAGCUCGAGCUAUCCUCGCAACGACCCUCGCAACUUUACAUUCACAGGUCCGCUAACAGCGACUUUCCAUAUGAGUCAUCUCGAGUCAAAAUCGAGAGGCUGUUAAAUUUCCUGCUUCUCCCAUUUCACCUAGAAAGCGUCCUCUGGUUCGGGACUCUUGCAUGCCUCGACUCGUGGCUUUACACAUUCACAAUCCUGCCGCUCCGGCUUCUGAAGUCAUUUUAUAUCCUCGCCAAAUCCUGGGCCAUCAAUCUAGCGACCGAAGUGCACUUUGUAUCAAACUUUGUGUACAACGGCGCUGGCAGAAUGUGGAAAAGGAGGAGAAGCAGUCUCGUGCCGAAUUCAACUCGAAAACUGUCAGGCCCCAGCCCCAGUGAAAAUAAGCCCCCUCAGUCCAACACCGGGUACAAUCGUCGGCAAGGAAGAUAUCACCAGCGAACGAAGUCAGUUCCGUCCAACUUACUGCCAGACGACAAAGCAGAUAUGCUGAAGGGGCUGUUGAUCAUUAGCACGUGCCUUGUCCUCCUGCGACUUGACGCCAGCCGAAUGUAUCAUUGGAUUCGAGGCCAGGCUGCCAUCAAACUCUACGUCAUCUACAAUCUCCUCGAGGUCUGCGAUCGCCUUUUCUCAGCAAUCGGCCAGGAUGUGCUCGAGUGUCUCUUUUCUCGAGAAGCGCUGGAGCGCAAACCAGACGGCCACAGCAAAGUAUUGCGCCCAUUUUGGCUCUUCAUCCUCGCUCUGGCCUAUACGGUUAUUCAUUCCACAGCCUUGUUUUAUCAAGUCAUCACUCUCAAUGUGGCUGUAAAUUCAUACUCUAAUGCUCUCAUUACCUUGCUUUUGUCCAACCAGUUCGUCGAGAUCAAGUCGACCGUGUUCAAGAAGUUUGAGAAGGAGAACCUCUUUCAAUUGACGUGCGCGGAUGUUGUGGAGCGGUUUCAACUCUGGCACAUGCUCAUCAUCAUUGCAUCUCGUAAUAUCGUGGAAACAGGAGGAUUGAGUGCGGGCUUGAAUGCCUUCGCCGCCGCUGCGUCGGCGACCGCCUCUGCUCCAUUGGCGAGCAACAGCAGCAUGCCUCUGAUAACGGCUCUGCCACCGAGGUCGGCGAGUUCGAUUCUUCCCCGGUCCUUUACUUUGGUGCCUGACGUGGUGAGCUCGAUAACAUCGUAUGCGCCAGCAGUCAGCCAAGUGCUAGGUCCUUUUCUAGCAGUUCUUGGGUCAGAAAUGCUGGUCGACUGGAUCAAACACGCCUACAUCAACAAGUUCAAUAAUACCCGUCCCGCAAUCUAUGGCCGUUUCCUGGAUGUCCUGGCCAAAGAUUAUUAUACGAAUGCCUUUGGCGAUCAGAAUCUAACGAAGCGACUAGGACUCCCAGUCAUCCCUCUGAGUUGUCUCCUCAUCCGAGCUAGUGGGCAGACAUAUCGAAUGUUCAUGGCGGCAUGGGUGCCAUCGACUCCGCCCAGCUCGUCGACGAGCCUCGCGAACAUUCAUAAACACUACUCGGCAGCACGGUCCACCAUGCCAAUGACCACGAGUACAGCCAUCUCGAAAGCAGUCGAUGAUAUUAUUAAAGCCAUCCCGGCUGUCAUCACCAGUUCCAGCAUCGUCACACAUAUGACGACUGUACUGGUGUUUCUCCUCAUUUUCUUGAUUCUAUUGGCUUGCAAGCUUGUCCUUGGCAUGCUCUUGUUGGCCUUUGCAAGAUCUCGAUACCACUCGAUGAAACUGCGUGAGAAAAAUCCAAUCCAUCACGUGGAAGGAGGCCGCCGGGUUGGCGGCUGGGGAGUGGUAGAAGUCGACGACGACAAGCGGCGAUGGAUAUAUGAGGACGAUCCGGCCGGCCUGCGAGCACUGCGAGAAAGAGAAGAAAGAGAGAAACAAAGGGAAGAGGAGAAAGAAAAGGGGCAUGGGGUGGACUUUUUUGACAAGGUCAAACGAUAUGAAAUGGUCGCUAAGCGAAUAUGGUGA